AAUCCUCGUCUGAUUUAUCUAUGUAAGAGAGAGAGAAAGGAGAGAGAGUUAUUGGGUUCUUUAGUAAGAUCCAAGUUGGAAAAAUAUCAAGCACAAAACAAAGGUUCAUCCAAUCAUCUACACUUGGUGCGCAGACAAUUUCAUAAAUAUAUCCAUCUCUCUCUCUCUCUCUCUCACACACACACACAACACAUAGUACUGCAUGUAGGUGUGUAAUCAAGGUGUGUCGGUACAAGAAGUUAGUUUUUGGGAAGUUUGAGAAAGUAAUUAGCGAGUUGUGUUGAAGAAAAUGGGUCGGAAGUGCUCUCAUUGUGGGAACAUAGGCCACAAUUCAAGAACUUGCAACUUCCUCAGCAGAGGGCCUAACGCUGCUGGAGGAGCAGUGAUGAGACUAUUCGGUGUGCAACUUGACAUCUCCUCAUCCCCUUCAAUUCCCAUGAAGAAAAGUUUCAGCCUGGACUGCUUAUCCUCCGCCCCACCCCUGUUGUCUUCGUCUCCAUCCUCAUCCUUGUCGUCUUCGUGUGUUCCCAUCCACGAACAUCCCGAUAAGGCAUCCAUCGGUUAUCUGUCCGACGGUCCUUUGGGCCCGCGACCUUCCGAGAGAAAGAAAGGAGUUCCAUGGACGGAAGAGGAGCACCGGACGUUCCUAAUUGGGCUCGAGAAGCUAGGGAAAGGGGAUUGGAGAGGCAUUUCAAGAAACUUCGUGACGACCAGGACUCCAACUCAAGUUGCUAGCCAUGCACAGAAGUAUUUCCUCCGACAAGCCUGCGUUCACAAGAAGAAACGCCGUUCCAGCCUCUUCGACAUGGUUGGUGGCUCUGAUCAUCACAAUGCUGGUUCAGAAACAGUUUCGACAGACCCGAAAGGAGAUGUUCGUAUAGAUCUGAAUUCAUUCGAGGAUAUUGAGGAGGACAGGAAAUCGAACGGCCAAGAAUGGGGUGAACACUUCAUUUGGCCUAAUCCCAACUCUCCAAAUGCAGCACCUGAAUUGGAACUAACACUUUCAUCAUCAGCAGCUCCUCCGACAACAAUGGGGAAACAUGAAUCCUCUUCAUCUACUUCCCUUCUAAUGGGGCCUAUUAGUGUCACCUGACCGUAUGACCGUCAUGAAUUUCAAUCAUCAACUGCUCUUCAAUCUUGACGUGAUAUUACUGUAAUAAAUCUGUUAGGUUUGUACAACAACGUACUAAUGUAGUAUUCUGCUGUCAUUUUUACAUGUAUUGAUCGAUAUUGGUAACUUGAUUUGCUAAUCUUUGAGUUAUAAAUCAAAUGUAUUAAUUAAUUAGAUUCGGACAUGUCAUGUAAAAGACU